AUGCCAGCUUUCAGUAAAUUUGCCGUUGCUACCCUUGGAGGGCUUAGCAUGCUGCAGUCAGCCUACGCCAUGCCAGUCAUGACUGGCAGAAGUGAAGCGCCCCGGCAGAAGACUCUUCACAUAGAGUGCCUGGCCGGAGAAUGUUCAGAGGAGGACCUCGCGGCGCUUCGUUCUGCCGCCAAGAUGGUCCAACAGGACCCAUACGGUGCGGGAUGGAGAAUCUCCUCCAAGAUCGAGCCUGUCAGUGGCGGCAAGGUUCGCCGUGACGAAGGCCUUUCCGAGGCCGAGAUCAACACCAUCCUCGAGGGGAUGGACCAUGCCGACGCGGAUAGUGUCGCCAAAUGUGCCGCAGGCACCUGCUCGGAGGCCGAGCUUCAACUCCUCAAGCAGGAGCUGAACGUGGCCACCAUCCCAAACUGGCUCUGGCCGAUCAUCGGCCGCAUACGUAAACUCAAGUUUACGUAUGGCAUCGAGAUUGGCGGCGACCCUGAGCCGGCUCCGAAGCCGACUCCAACUCCAGCCCCGACGAGCUCCCCGCCCCCCAAGAACCCGGGCCCAACCAAGGAGCCUGAGCCCACCCACAAGAGUUUGUAA